AAACGCUUUGUAGCAACGGAAAAGUUCCAUUUGUAUGUAAGAUUGAGAAUGUUACGACGCCCCAGCUUGAAAACAUUUCCGCUUUUAUUCUCCGGCUGGCGACGAUCAAUCGAUUAGAUUUUGCCUCAAAAAGUCUCAUCCUUAGCCAACAUAACAACGUUCACGUAAGCAUACACAUGGCGAGAACGUUACCAUACGCCGAUGUUGAUUCAAGCUUGAAAGGAAUGGCCGGUCGGGCCGAGGGUUUUGGCCGUUCUGCAGUCGGUGGCGCUCAUGGUCCUGUGCAUCGCAUCACCUCCUUGGCUGAUGAUGGGCCAGGAUCACUUCGGGAAGCAUGUCGCAUGAAAGAACCAUUGUGGAUAAUCUUUGAAAUAUCAGGAACUAUUGAUCUGUCAUCCUACUUGAAUGUCUCAUCACAUAAAACCAUUGAUGGUCGUGGGCAGCGUAUAAAACUAACAGGAAAAGGUUUGAGACUAAAGGAGUGCGAAAAUAUUAUAAUAUGCAAUCUGGAAUUUGAAGGUGGUAGAGGACAUGAUGUUGAUGGUAUACAAAUUAAACCAAAUUCAAAGCACAUUUGGAUUGAUCAAUGCAGCCUGCGUGACUAUGAUGAUGGACUUAUAGAUAUAACCAGACAAAGCACAGACAUUACAGUUUCCAGAUGUUACUUUGCUAAUCAUGAUAAGACAAUGCUUAUUGGAGCGGAUCCAUCUCAUGUUGAUGAUAGAUGUAUCAGAGUCACAAUUCAUCAUUGUUUUUUUGAUGGGACACGACAAAGACACCCUCGUCUUCGAUUUGGGAAAGUUCAUCUUUACAACAAUUACACUAGAAAUUGGGGAGUAUAUGCUAUUUGUGCUAGUGUAGAAGCACAGAUAUAUUCUCAAUGCAACAUCUAUGAAGCAGGAGAGAAGAAAAAAGCAUUCGAAUUUUAUACCGAAAAGGCAGCAGAUAAGGAGGAAGGAAGAUCAGGGUUGAUAGUUUCAGAAGGGGACUUGGUUUUAAAUGGAGCUCAAUCAUGUCCAGUGAAAGAAGCAAAUGGGGAAAAGAUGUUUCAUCCAAGUGAGUUUUAUCCAAAAUGGACAAUGGAACCUGCUUCAGAUGCACUGAAACAGACUCUCCAGGUCUGUACUGGUUGGCAAUCUGUUGCAAAACCAGCUGAGCAAGGCACUUCAUGAUUUGUGAGAUUAAUCAGACAUAAUAUAUCGGAAUUAAUUGACAUAAGCAUGUAAAUAUGCAUAUGUGAUUG